CUCUCUCUUUCUAGCUGUGACUUAUUUAGUUUACAAAUUUCAGCAGCUGUACAAAAUCAAUUCCAAAUUCUUUUUCGAGUUUAGUUGGCCCGAAAUUUUGACGCAGGGCUAAGCGAGAGAGUUGAGCCACAAUGUCUGACAAUGAGGAGCAGCAAGCUGCAGCUCAGUGCAGCGGAUCGACUGGCAGCUUGCGCCGUGUGCCUUCGGCGAAUGCGAAUGUGUUUCGCAGUCUGUUUGAGACACUUGAGGCGGAGCAUUUGAAGCUGCAAGCGCUGGAGGAGCGACGUCUAAAGCUUACAGAGGAAAUGAAAAACUUGCGCCACAUGCUGCAGCUGGAGAAUCAAAAGCUGCGCAAAAGCGUUCAACGCACUACGGAGCAGUCAAGCACUCAGCAGCAUGUAACUGAAUUCAAUAGGCAAGAGCUGACCACGCUGCUCAACGAUACCGACAACAGGCCCAUCGAACUCGAGGCAGCAGAGCCGAGUCUGGAGCACUUUGUGGAAAUUGUGGAAAUCGCAGACUCAAACGAGGCCAUGCGUACGAGCACGCCAAUUCCAUUGGAGCUCAAAAGUCUAGCUGAGAGCUAUAAAACGGUGGCAAGCGAGGGUUCAGCUCAAGAUGAGGCGGCAACAGCUCAAAAGAACUAAAAGUUCAUGCUGUGAAAUUAAAAAAACAAAAUCCAAAGCUUGCUUGAAAUAAUGUAAAAUAAAAAUAUUGUAACGAAUAGCGUAAGACCGAAUAUCG